AUGCACAGGCAGUUGAUCGUUUCUUUGCUUUUAUCGUUUGUAAUAACCAUCGAUGGAGGAACUGUUAACUGUUCAGCGUUUGAAAAUAUCAUCUAUCAAGUCACAACAGCUUUUCCUGAUUUCAAACCAUAUUUUAUGCUGUUAACUUUGUUAUCCGGUGGAGUUUUUUUCGAAGAAACUAAUAUCCAAAAUGGUCAAAGUUCGGCUGAACUUGGUGUUCGUCUUGAAUUUGGUACUCGAACAGGAUAUUACGAAUGCAUCGAUGAAAAUACCAUUGAAUUAACUGAUUUUGGUUAUAUAUUUCGAAUUAGUAAACUUCCUGCAUUAGGAGGUAACGAUGCUUUUAUUAUUCAAACGUAUCAUUUUUAUUUUCAAAAUACUUCUUAUGACAAAUGUACGGGUUAUAUUCAAUCAGCAUAUUUUACCCCUGGCCAAGAUCCAUUCGACACUCAAAAUAUUCCGAUUUAUACAGAAGCUGAUCGAAAUUUAACUUGUGAACUUCUAAGUGGAAGACAUUAUCGUUGGCCACCCAAUACAUAA